GUUUGCAGUCCCCCCCUAUAUCAUCCUGUCCAGAUGUGAGCUCCGAGUUACAGACAACUCGCUUUCAGAGAAGACUGUCACUUCUUGGAUCUGUACAUCCAACACAACCGCAGACAUGAAUGCAAAAUAUGCCUUGGCACUGAUCCUCACUCUGCAGGUCUCCAUGUGCCUGUGUGAUCUUCCUACACCAGCAGCGGAUCUUGUUGAAAAGUAUGAUGGCAUGAAGGCUGUGUUCUACCAGAGGAUCCUGAAUGCUUACGCCAAGCUGCAGGCUGCCGCUGCUCCCAUGAUUGAGCAGGCUGGUACCAGCGAACGUGCAACUGCCGCCAAAGAUUACAUGGAGACCCUGCAGACCAAGCCUGAGUUCCAAGCCCUGGUCAAGGUUGCCGCUAACGUGGGCCAGGAGGCCGGUCCCAUUAUUGACAAGGCCCGCACAACACUGCUGGGUCUGUACGGACACUACGUGCGCCCCCGCUUCGGCAACCAGCUGAGCGACGCCAUCGACGGCAUCAAGGUCUACCUGGACCAGUACCUGCCUGCUCAGUAAAGAACACAAACUGGAGCAAGCCACCUGGCAGCAGCCUGUAAUAGAUGAUAGAGCAUAGAAAGUACACCAGUUUAGGCUGAGAAGAGUAAUGCACAAUGCAAAUUCAAUCCUUUGCCUCUUUUUCAAAUUAAGAUCUUUGCCAAAUAAUGCAAGAAGUUAAAAGAAGUGCGAACAACACCUGUGCAAAUUGUGCAUGUACAGUAUUUUGUGUUUGAUACACUAACCAACGUCUCUGUGUGAUUGUGUAUGUAUAUGUGUGAGUGUGUUCAUUAAAAUGAACUGGAAAGUA